UGUUUCUUGACACUUGCUUCAGGUGUACACACACGUGUGAGUGUAUUAGGAGGUGUUCUACAGGUGUUUCUGUAGGUCGCAGUGAGAAAAAUUUGAAAAGUAUUGGUCUCCUGUGCCCUUCUAUUUGCCUUCUUGCCUUUCUUCGCCUGAGUUUUCAGUCACUUAAAAUUGUCUGUGAGGAUGCAGUUAGCAUGCCAGGAAUAUACAGUAAAGACCAAGGUGGAUCUUCUUCACGGAGGUUACUGUGUGAGACGAAAGACAGUUCACUCUUCAUCACUAGAAAUACUGUACGUGCUAUUGAAAAACAAGGAUUUUAUUGAGGAUCUAUCUUGGGAUCCCAUGGCUUUCUUUACUGGGCUCUGGGGCCCCUUCACCUGUGUAAGCAGAGCGCUGAGCCAUCGCUGUUUCAGCACCACUGGGAGCCUGAGUGCGAUUCAGAAGAUGACGCGGGUACGAGUGGUGGACAACAGUGCCCUGGGGAACAGCCCAUACCAUCGGGCUCCUCGCUGCAUCCAUGUCUAUAACAAGAAUGGAGUGGGCAAGGUGGGCGACCGGAUACUACUGGCCAUCAAGGGACAGAAGAAAAAGGCGCUCAUUGUGGGGCAUUGCAUGCCUGGCCCCCGAAUGACCCCCAGAUUCGACUCCAACAACGUGGUCCUCAUUGAGGACAACGGGAACCCUGUGGGGACCCGAAUUAAGACACCCAUCCCCACCUGCCUGCGCAAGCGGGAAGGCGAGUAUUCCAAGGUGCUGGCCAUUGCUCAGAACUUUGUGUGAGUUGAGCCCAGGCCUCUGGUUGCAGGAUGACUUGUGAAUGGAGCAGUUCUGAGAACCACACUUUUGCUGAGAGAGCUUGGAAGCCACAUCCCUUCACACUGGGUAACAGUGUAGUAUCCUGUGAGAGAAUAAAUAUAUUCAUUUAUGUGUUUUUCCGGAGCUUUCUGGGAUGUGGUGGGAAAAUAAAUGACACUGAAGCAGUUGAAA